AUGAUUAGGAGUAGUGUUGUUGAUGAUGAAGAUGAUGCAUGGUCAUACUCAUUCCCGCCAUCGAAUGAAUCGCUAUCUUUAGAAUCACCCCAGCAACCUAAUUCUAAAAUGAAUCCGCAACUAGUAAAGCUCAGGAAGACGGAGACCAGUGAUUUACAGCAGGUAAGGCAACAGACGAACGGGGGCGAAGUUAUGGACGGGUUAAAGCCACUGGAGUUUACUGAACCAAGCACAAAUGUGAGGUCCGCGAUAUCGAUUUCCACAGCUUUGCAAAAGACUCCAUUGAAUCCAUUAACAACGAGGGAAGAUGCUAAUUCAGUGAUAUCCAAGGAUUCAAACAAUGCAUCCCCCAACGAAAACGCAAUUAACGAUAAUGAAAACCCUCGACUAUUGAAGAACUUGAAGGAAUACGAAUCCUCGAAUCGGCUAUAUGCCAACAACAGCAACAAUAACAGCAGCAACAACAACAACAACAACAACAACAACAACAACGCUAACAAGGAGCUAGAAAACCAACAGGUGGCGUCACCUAAAAUCAUUACGUAUCGCAAGUCCACGAGAACCGUUAGUGAUGCGACUUUUGAUUCAAUGGUAUCAGAACCUACCACUAUGGCCACGUCGCCUCCUCCUACGAGAAAGUACGAUAACAAAUUGUAUACAGAUGAGUUUUAUAAAGACACCAAAUAUCGGUACGCCAUAAUGAAGAGAAAUAUUGAGUUCCACCAGCUAUUCAGAUCAUUGGAUCUUACAGAUAACUUGCUAGAUGAUUUUUCAUGCGCCUUGAGCCGAGAAAUUUUGCUUCAAGGUCGUUGCUAUAUUAGCGAAAGCUACUUUUGCUUUAACUCGAGUUUGUUGGGAUGGGUGACCAACUUGGUCGUUAAGUUUGAAAAUAUUGUUAAAAUCGAAAAGAGAUCAACAGCGGGAUUGUUCCCAAAUGGUAUAAGCAUUGAAACAGAUGAGGGUGCCAUCCAUACAUUUGCCACUUUUUUAUCGCGGGAUCAAACUUACGAUUUAAUGAUUGCAGUUUGGAAGGGGAAAACUGGUCGUACUAAUGAUGACCAACAGGCAAGAACGAGUAAAGAUGAGAAUGUACAUGGUGUGAGCGGCAUUUCAACAGCGAUAACGUCUCCAAAGAUUCAAUCGUAUAUAAUGUCUCUAGAUGGAGAUGAUGAAAUGCCAAAAAUAAAUAAGGUGAAGAAGAAAGGUAAUGAAAGAGAAGAUGACUAUAAGGAAGAAGAGGAGGAAGAGGAAGAUUUUUAUGAAGAUGAAGGUGAAGGUGAAGAAGAGGAGGAGGAGGAGGAGGAGGAGGAGGAGGAGGAAGAGGAAGAUUUUUAUGAAGAUGAAGGUGAAGAAGAAAAAGUGUAUGAGAAUGAGAAUGAGAGUGAGAAUGGUGGAUCUUGGAAGCGAGGAUUGAAGAAUCGGAAGAUUCUGGAUGCUUCAAAAGGUCAACGACUUAUUAAGUUGAAGCCAGAUUCACCAUAUACGAAUCGAGGACCAGAUGCUCACCCACCAACAACACCAAAAUAUGAUAGAUACCCACAGGAAGUGGAAUUAGUAGACGAAACAUUACAAGCGCCAAUGGGCGUGAUAUUUUCGAUCUUAUUCGGAUCGUGCACAAAAUUUCAAAUAGAAUUCCUUGAAAAGCACGAUGGUUCCGAGAUAUCGGAAAUAGCUGAAUUUCAUCCAUCUUACGAUGAUCCAGCGGUAUUAGAAAGGGAGUUUACAUAUCGACGAGCUUUGGGGUAUUCGAUUGGACCAAAAUCCACAAAGUGUGAAAUCACUGAAAGAAUAGAGCAUUUGAAUUUUGCUGAUUACAUAAUUGUUACAACCACCACGCUGACACCGGAUGUGCCGCUGGGAGGUGUUUUUGCAGUUAAGACAAGAUAUGUGUUCUCAUGGGGCGAGAAUAAUACCACAAAAUUACUUGUUACCCACUAUGUAGAAUGGAAGGGGAGAUCGUGGAUGAAAUCGGUAAUUGAGAAGCUGUCGUUGAGUGGGUCUAUGACAAUUAUGAAUCAAAUGAUGCAGGAACUUAAAGCGGAGAUUUCAGAAAACGUUUAUUCUACUGGACAUCCAACCACGAAAGUACCAAAGAAGAAGAAGAAGAAGAAAAACGGCAAAGAGAAGUUUGUUGCUGCCAAAACGGAAAAGGAGGCGCAUUCUGCGGGAAGGGUUUCUACUGGUACAACAAAUAUAUCAAGAGUCUUGUGGCUUUCCAUGUUCUUCUUGAUAUUCUUGGUACUUUUACUACAAUGUAUUAUUUUACGCAAGCUUGCUACAAUGAGUAAGAUUAUGGAAAUUAACGUUACAAAAUAUCAGUGA